CUGACAGGGACACGGUCGCAGGGACAGACUGAGAAAACAUCUUAAGGACACCGACGAUUAACGGAGAGGUGCGGUGAGAGUGAGACUGGCAGCGGCAAGGCAAGACUGGCACGGGCAAUAGAGCAACAUUCAGAAAGCUGGGCUGUUUCUAUAUCUAAACUGCUUUCAGCUCUUCAUCCCUACAACCUACCUACACCUACAGAUGCAGAGCUGAGCUCUCCUAUCCGGGCCGGCUCCGUUCCUAUACACACACAUAUUUGGUUCCUCCGAUACCGACGUAUCUGAACAUGACAUUGCGUGGUUGAGUCAGAUAGAUUUAUUAAACAGCUGCUCCCUGCGGUGAAGAAGAAGAAGAAGACGGAAGAGGAACUGUUCUGUACAUCUAAAAAAAGAACUAAAGGAUUUGGGUGGGGUUUGGUGUACAGACCCAUUAUAUUCGGUUCUGCAUUCCUACUUCUAUCAAAAAAAAAUCCAUCAUGGCCACAUCAUCCAUACGGCGUCAAGUAAAGAACAUCGUACACAAUUACUCGGAAGCAGAAGUCAAGGUUCGAGAAGCCACUUCCAAUGACCCAUGGGGUCCAUCUACGUCCCUCAUGUCUGAGAUUUCUCUCAUGACGCACCACGCCGAAGCCUUCCCCGAGGUAAUGAUUAUGAUUUGGAAGAGGCUGAACGACAGUGGGAAGAACUGGCGCCACGUGUACAAAGCUCUCACCCUCCUGGAUUAUCUUAUAAAGAAUGGGUCGAAGAAGGUGGUAGAGGAAUGCAAUGAGAAUAUCCACUCUGUACAGACACUGAAGGACUUUCAGUUUCUAGAUCGCGAUGGAAAGGAUCAAGGUAUCAAUGUGCGGGAAAAGGCGAAGCAAAUUGUCUCCUUGCUGAAAGAUGAGGAAAGACUGAAACAAGAGAGAAUACAAGCGAAGAACACGAGGAGGAGGAUAUCACAAGGGGUCAAUGCCAUUAGCACCCGAAAGAUAAGCUUUAGUCAAGCUGCUUCCGGCACUUGUUCAGACCUCUCACCGGAUUUAGAACAAGCCAGACCCCAGAGCAGUGGUGAGGAAGAACUUCAGCUUCAGCUUGCACUUGCGAUGAGCCGGGAAGAAGCUGAGAAGAAGAAGGUUCCUUCAGCCCCGGAUGAAGAAGAAGAGCAGCAGAUUCAAGCAGCUUUAAACCAGAGUAAAGAAGAAUAUGAAAAGCAAAUUAGAUUGGCUCAAGGUGAGAAAUCCUUGCUUGAGAAGGCUCUGAACCAAUUCCAACCAUCUAGUGAAUAUCACGAAUUGGAAGCAGUGAGGAAACCAGAGAAAUCUGAGACACAUCUUUUGGAUCUGGUCGAUGUAUUUGGUCCUGCACCAUCAGCCUCUACAGACCCAUGGAAUUCUGUCUCUUUGCUGACUCCAAAUAAUGGCCCAACAAGAUCAGCUUCAUUUGGGUCCUUAUAUCCAACUUGGGCAACAACAGCAAAUGGAGCUUCAGCUACAGGUUCUUCCUCACUUCCUUGGGAUACCCCUUCACUUAGCACCCAGCUUCGAGAGGAUCAGACAAGCCAAAGCAUCAUUUUUGGCUCUGAAUCAUCGGCAGGUUUAAAGAAACCAACGAUUGUAGUGAAGAGUCCUGCUUCUGAUCCAUGGGGGGACAGUCUUCCAAGCCCUGAUGGCAACACCUUCAAGUCUUCCUCAAUGCCUGAAUCCCCUUUUGAACUAGAUCUCUUUGGAGAAGUAGUAUCUACCACAAAGUCAAACCCAGACAGCCUUGAUUUAAAGGCUCUUGAAGACUCCCUUGAUGAUGACAAGGCCAAUACUCGGUGCCGUACCCCAGAGUCCUUUUUAGACCCAGCUGCACGGUCGCUUGUCAAUCUGGAUAGUCUGAUCCCUGGCGCAGGUUUUAGUGCCAAGAACAGGAACCCCUUUGCUUCUGGGCGCAACGCCCCAGCUCCUAACAACCUAUCCCAACUUGGAGAGCAGAAACUCUCUCUAAACCAGAUGAGAACCACCUCCCCAGAGCCAGGUGCAGCCGCACCACUAAUACCAGUGCAGAAUGUUUCUACCAUGCCAGCCAUCUCUAUGGGACCCAUACCGAACACCUUACCAGCUUUCUCUACAGGGCCUGGCUUUGUUAUGCCAACUUCUAACCAGCUUCUGAUGCCACUGUAUGGCCAUCCAGCUGCAUUGGGAAUUCCUCCCUCACUGAGUGUCCCACUCCAUCAAGUGCCAGCUCUACACCAAGUGCCCAUCACUCUACCACCACCAAUACAGCCACAAUUUUCCCAGGGUGGGAACAAUCCUUUCCUGUGAUCACCAUUCAUGCAUUGCAGAUCACUUCUGUUGGCUGGGAUGAAUGAUUGUGGGUAUACAGACCAUUAUACAGUACAAUGAACUUUUGGCCACUUGUUGCGGUGGUAAAACUUAACAUACCUGCCUAAUUAGAACUUGCAAACCAAGAAGGAAGUGGAUUUAAAAGAAAUAAUGGCUUUAUUUUUACUUAUUUUCGUUCACCAAUUAGAUGGUCUUUGCUGCCCUUUCUAAUGGGUAAUUAUUAUGAAUCUGGAUCUGUGCCAGGCAGCAGUAAAUGCCUCUGGUCUAUAAAACGUGGGCACGCUAUCCUUACCUGCCUAUUGGCUCCUGGUGCCAGGAUUCAUUAAUAUUAUUGCUGAGUCAGGAGAAGAAUUAUUCAAAUGCCUCCUUCAGCUGGAAGAUAUAUCCUGAAACUGUCAUGUUACACUGGCAAUUAGCACAUCUCAUUUACAUAGCAAUUAGAUAAGGUGGAUGCCUUCUCACAAUGAGGGUUUUAAAGAAACAUGAUGACGUGGAUUCUUUUGUGUUCUGUUCUAUUUUGGGUCUAGCAAUGAGUUCUGUCACAAGCAGAGGCAGCGGUACAGGUGGUAUAUGAGGUGCUACUGUAUGGACAAAAUUAGGCCUUCUUAUUAUUAAGUUCUUCUAUGUAAAGAUCCAAAGCAAAUACACUACACAGGUAACAAAGGGGAAAUCUGAAGAUAUAUAGUAUUAACUGGAAUAAUAAAAGUAUUGAUUUUGUGUGGACAAA